AUGACAACAACUGUAAUAAAAUAUGAAAAGGAAAAUAUGAUAAAACCCAAUAAAAGAUUCAAAAAUAUCAAAAUCAAAUUAAUAAAACUAAAAGGUAAAAUUAUAAUCAAAAUUAAAAAUAAAAAUAAUAAAAUUAAAUCAAAAUUUAAAAAACAUUCAAAUGAUGAUAUUGAAAUAGCUACUAUAGUUGUUAAAGAAAAUGAGAUUAAACCUUAUAGAACUAUAUCUAAAAAUUCAAUAGAAACAACUGUUGAAUAUAUAGAGUUUCCAGAAAAAUCAUUUGUUGAUUAUGAUCCAACAUUAAUGAUCAAAUCUGAUUCAGUAAUUAUAAAUGAAAAAUGUUUGAGUAAUGAUGAAAUAGAAAGAGAAGAGAAAGAGGAAGACAUAUGUCAAAGUGAAAAACUUAAAGAAACACUCGAGGAAUCAACAACCUUGUUAAAUUAUAAUUCAACAUUGAUUAACCCAAGACGAUCGUCAAUUCCAAAAAUCAAACCUCCACAAUAUUCAUCAAUAACAAAUAAUGUCACACCUACAAUCAAAUUUAAAUCACAAUUAAAUCAAUACUUAGCAUCAUUAGAAGAACAAGAAGAAAUUGAAACAAAACCUUAUUUAAAUUAUACAACUUAUAUCAAUAAAAUUAAUUCAAAAUAUUUAAAUUAUCAACAGCUAAAUAAUAAUAAAAAUCGAUGUAUAAAUUACUAUUGGUUACAAUUAGAACUUGAAAGAAAUCGUUGGUAUAUUGAAUUUUUAUCUUUGGCAUUACAAUUCUUACUGAUUAGCAUUUAUUUAUAUUUAUUUGGAAAAAUAAUUAUAUAUUUUUUAUUUUAA